AUGAAGAUCUUUGUCCCCAGUCUUGCGCUGCUGGCAUGUGCGCUCGUUACUACUUCAGCUGAAGAUGUCGCCGUGACUCUGGCUGUGGUAGACCCCGUGGUCGACUGCGCCGACCUGCUGUCCGUCAACAUCACGUCGAUCGGUGGCGCUGGUAGCAACGUCACGUCGGCUACGGAGACCACGACCGACGGCGUUUUGUACUGCCUUGUAGAAGGUUCGCUGCCUCCUGCGAUCACGUGGGAAGUUAUGCUCCCCGUGUCGACGUGGACACAGCGCUACAUGCAGAUCGGCUGUGGCGGUCUCUGCGGCUCCAUCGAGAUGUCAGUCGGCGCUGCCGAUGGUUCGGAGGCAGUCAACAACGGCAACCUGGCCACUGGCGCUACGGACAUGGACGGCGGCACUGACGGCACCUUCGGUCUCGUGGAGGGCAAGCGCGUGGCCUUUGCCUACGAGGCUCAGCACUGGACGGCGGAGGUGGCCAAGCUGCUCAUCAAGAACUACUACGGACAGGAGCAGGAGUACGCCUACUUCAACGGAUGCUCGGACGGUGGGCGUGAAGCGGUGAUGGAGGCGCUGAGGUACCCGAACGACUUCAACGGCAUCAUCGCCGGCGCGCCGGCCAUGCUCUUCUCCUUCCAGAACAGCUUCCACCACGGCUGGUUGUCGGUCAGCAACACCGACGAGGACGGCAACCACAUCGUUCUGUCGGACCGCUUGGACAUCCUGCACGACGCCGUGGUGAGUGCCUGUGACGCUCUAGACGGUAUUGAAGACGGCCUGCUCUCCGACCCGCGCGCGUGCGACUUUGACGUGUACAGCAUCCAAUGCGCGAGCGAUGCCGACAACUCGACGUGCCUCACGUCGACUGAGAUCGAGGCUGUGGCCAAGUUCUACGCCGGACCCAUCGACGCAGACACCGGCGACCACCUGACGGUUGGUGAGGCGCAGUUCUCCUCGGAGCUGGGAUGGUCGGGCGUCUUCGUUCCCGACGCCGCCACGGAUACCAUCAUGAGCACCAGCACCGCGCUGGCUGCCAUCAAGUACCUUACCUUCGACGAAUACCCAGGCGACAACUACACGCUGGCCGACUUCGACUUCGCCAACUCGACUAUCGACCUGCUCCGUGCGCGUCACCCGCUGCUGGACUCGGUGAGUGCCGAUCUCUCGGCCUUUGAACAGGCCGGCGGCAAACUCAUUUUGUGGCACGGCUGGGCCGACCCGCAGAUCUCGCCGCGCACUACGAUCGCCUACCAUGAGGCGCUGCAAGCUACCAUGGGUGCCGACGUCGUGGAAGGCUUCGAGCGUCUGUACUUGCUCCCUGGAGUCUACCACUGCGGUGACGGCGAGGGUCCGUCGGAUCUUGACCUGUUGGCCCCCAUGAUGCAGUGGAUCGAGGAAGGCGUCGCACCCCACAAGUGGGUGAGCUCCUCCAGCUCCAGCAGCACGCGCCGGAAACUCUCCAGCACUUCGGGCUCGGGAUCCUCGACCAACGUGACGCGUCCGGUGUAUCCGUACCCCGCCAUUGCCAAGUAUGUUGGCUCGGGAUCUAUUGACGACGCCGCCAAUUUCGGGGAGGGAGCGCCGCUGUACACGUACCUGACGGGCUACUGGCUGGGCCAGGACUUCUUCAACCCGUUCACGCCUAUCGAGGGCUAG